AUGGCUCUCUGUCACCUAUACUGCCACCGUAUUCUUCAGGGGCGUCCUGCCUAUGGAUUUAUUGGCGGCGAAGGAAGCUCAGACUACAAUGUGUUUUGCUGCAUGUUGGAGAGGACAACAUUCAAUGACAAUGUGGUUAUUGCGACAACCCAACUGUUUCUUGUGAAAUAUAAACCAUUGAUCUGGUGGCCUUCACCGAAAUUUGAGGCUUGUCCUGACUCUGUCCUCGAGUGGCUGUCUCAUGUUCUUCCUUUCCACUUUGCUACAGAGCAAGUGGAUGCAAAUGUAGAUCAUCUCGCCAUUACAGUGAUAUCAAAACUCCUAUGCUCCUCUCCAUCGCCUCAAAUCAUAGCUAAUUGCACUCUUCUUGCUUGCAUUAUGGUUGGGGUUCAGUUUGACAAGAAAGAUGUUGUUCGGGUUGAUAAAAGUUCUGCUCUGCCUCAACUUGCUGAGUUUCUUUGGGCGCAGUUCCAGAAAGUAAUCUGGGCGCCGGAUGGAGCCGAUCCCGACAGUGCUGUCCGCCGAGCAUGGCACUUUGACAUCAUCUGUCUAGUGCUUGACCGUGAUCUAGUUCCACCUCCUCCGAAGAUGUGGAACCUGGGCGUGUGUUGGAAGAUUUUUUCACGGGCGAGGUCAUCUCAACAUAAUGAUCGGGAUUUAUCGGCAGCGCUGCGAGAAGUACAGCGCUUCAGGUUCACCGCCAAUCCCGAUCCUGAUCGAACGGUCAUUGCAGACCCUGCAGAUCCUGCCUGGUUGUGGGAUCAUGAAAUCUCGUGGCAAGGUAAUUCCCACUCGCCAGAAGACUUCGACUGGCUAGUGGACUACCUCGGUGAUGUUUGUUCCAACGACCACAAGACAGCAGGUGACAUUCUUGUACUACUAAGUAGUACGAGCGUGAGCUGCAGCUCCGCUAAACAACAUCUAUACAUCGAGAAGCUCACCGCCUGCAUGGGCGGCAGCAUGCCUCCCCGUUUACGUCAUGCUGCCCUUCACGCUGCUCAUAGUUCCCGGGAAGUCUUCGCUUCCAUCAACGUUGUUGAUGAUGCGGACAUGGUUUUGACCAAACUCUCCCCUGCUAUCCUUACUGCAGUCUGUCCACAACCAGGUGCAACACCCACCGAUGGCGAUCCUGACUGCUUCUUCCAUCGUGACCGUGACUUGUGCUAUCUCGAAUUAAUCUUUGCCCUGGCAAGGAAUUCCUACUGGCACCCCCCUGGUAUCUUCCUCCGAAUGCCAUCUGAACAGGUGUCCGUUACAUCACUCAGUUCUAUCGCAGACCAGCAGUGGUGGGACAUGAUGAGAAAGGCAUGGUGUUGUGCUUUUCUCACAAUCGGCAACCCACACUGCGUCGAAUUCCUUCCCGUUCUUGUGGAAGGAACAAAGAAGUACAUGCGUAUCGCUUCAAGGCCUGAUCUUGAACAGCUCAUCAACGACAUGGAUGAUCUUAUGGAAAGUCUAGGAAAGCCAGGUUUACUAGAGCAGAGAGAGGGGGUCGCGGUCGCUGCUGUGAAGGAGUUGAGAGAGAUAGCCAAAGACAACAUCACCUUGCUUGCAAGGUCAUAUGGUAUGCGACAAAAUCUGACGGACUAA